GGUUUGUUCCGCUCCUCAGUGGCUUAACAAAGGAGCAAAGGGUCUGUUGUGCCCUAGGAGCAUUCACUUCAACCGCUUCUUGACCUCAAACACAGCAAGGGACAGGAACCCGAUACAAAGGAUAUCAAGCUUACCAGGGUCCUUAGUUCACCAGGAUUACUAGUAUUAUCAGGAAUACCAGGAUCACUAGGAUAUCAUAACUAGGAAGUACAGUCGAGCGCGGAACAAAUUAUACCACUCGCUCACCUAUAAAAUGGACGGCAACGCACAGCAGGAACUGAUGCUGCUGAUCAAGCGGCAGCUCCUCCAGAUGCGCCAGCUUCGACACUUUCAAUGGUCUCUUCCCAGCACAUCUCCAAGUGGCCAAUCUGAGUCUGUACCAUCAGUAACAAGCCCAGAGAUGCAGCAGGCAAUUCUUGAUCAGAUAUUUUACGACUCAGAGGUAAUGAAGCACCCUCCCUCGUCAACAUAUCAACAUUUGUUCCUCAAAAAGUUGAUCUCGAUGAUCGAAGAAGAGGAUACCUCUGAGAUCUCGGAGGGUCUGUUGGAAGUCUUUACAGAACUCAUGAUGACUGCACCGCUAAGGCAAGUUCACAUCUGGCCAGAAGCAGGAGGACCACCAUUAAAGCCCUGCUUCAAAUCGUACAGUCUGGAUCGGGAGUGCAAAAAAAUCGUUACUGUCAUGGAGGAACAGACGACGAUCUCUUCUGGAACUACGGGCCUGAGGACAUGGGAAGCAAGCUUCUGGCUGGCAGAGUAUCUUAUCGCUCAUCCAGAAUCCAUUACAGGAAAGAACGUCGUUGACAUCGGAUGCGGGGUCGGCUUCCUCGGUAUUGCUUGCGCGUCCCUCGGUGCGAAGAGAGUUGUGUUGACAGAUGGCAAUACUGAAGUCCUAACCAUGGCGAGCCAGAAUAUCACCUACAAUAAUGUGUCAUGCCCGACAACAGCGAGUCUCCUUGACUGGGAAAGCUUUACAGAAGAGCAAAUCGCUGCAUUAGAGGCCGAAGUCCUAAUUCUGUCUGAUUUGACAUACGAUCCCACAAAUAUCGUCCCGCUGGUAUCUGUGCUCAAGGCUAUCCUCGUCAAGGGUGUGUCCGCCUACAUGUCCUCGGCCAUCAGAAACCCUCAGACUUUUGUCGAUUUCUUCGCCCGAAUCACUGUCGGUAUCGAUCUCGGUACUACCUACUCUUGCGUUGCCGUCUGGCAGAACGACCGUGUCGAGAUUAUCGCCAACGACCAGGGUAACCGCACCACCCCCUCCUAUGUUGCCUUCACCGACUCUGAGCGUCUCAUCGGUGACGCCGCCAAGAACCAGGUCGCCAUGAACCCCAUCAACACCGUCUUCGAUGCCAAGCGUCUCAUUGGUCGUCGCUUCGAUGACAAGGAUGUCCAGUCCGACAUGAAGCACUGGCCCUUCAAGGUCGUCGAUAAGGCCACCAAGCCCUACAUUCAGAUCGAGUUCAAGGGAGAGACCAAGACCUUCACCCCCGAGGAAAUCUCCUCCAUGGUCUUGACCAAGAUGCGUGAGACCGCUGAGGCUUAUCUCGGAACCAAGGUCACCAACGCCGUUGUCACCGUCCCCGCCUACUUCAACGACUCUCAGCGUCAGGCCACCAAGGAUGCUGGUGCCAUCGCCGGUAUGAACAUUCUUCGUAUUAUCAACGAGCCCACUGCUGCCGCUAUUGCCUAUGGUUUGGACAAGAAGACCGUCGGCGAGAAGAACGUUCUCAUUUUCGAUCUCGGUGGUGGUACCUUCGAUGUCUCGCUCCUCACCAUCGAGGACGGUAUCUUCGAGGUCAAGGCCACUGCUGGUGAUACCCAUUUGGGAGGAGAGGAUUUCGACAACCGUCUCGUUAACCACUUUGUCCAGGAGUUCAAGCGCAAGCACAAGAAGGAUCUCUCUGCCAACCCCCGUGCUCUCCGUCGUCUCCGCACUGCUUGCGAGCGUGCUAAGCGCUCUCUUUCUUCCUCUGCCCAGACCUCGAUCGAGAUCGAUUCGUUGUUCGAGGGUGUUGACUUCUACACCUCCUUGACCCGUGCCCGUUUCGAGGAGCUCAACCAGGAUCUCUUCCGUAACACCAUGGAGCCCGUUGAGAAGGUCCUUCGUGACUCCAAGAUCGACAAGGGUCUCGUCGACGAGAUCGUCCUCGUCGGUGGUUCCACCCGUAUCCCCAAGAUCCAGAAGAUGGUCUCUGACUUCUUCAACGGCAAGGAGCCCAACAAGUCCAUCAACCCCGAUGAGGCCGUCGCCUACGGUGCUGCCGUCCAGGCCGCUAUCUUGACCGGUGACACCUCCGAGAAGACCCAGGAUCUUCUCUUGCUCGAUGUUGCUCCCCUCUCUCUCGGAAUUGAGACCGCCGGAGGUGUCAUGACUGCCCUCAUCAAGCGCAACACCACCGUCCCCACUAAGAAGUCCGAGACCUUCUCGACCUACGCCGAUAACCAGCCCGGUGUCUUGAUUCAGGUCUACGAGGGUGAGCGUGCUCGCACCAAGGACAACAACAUGCUCGGCAAGUUCGAGCUCACUGGCAUUCCCCCAGCUCCCCGCGGUGUUCCCCAGAUCGAGGUCGUCUUCGAUGUUGAUGCCAACGGUAUUUUGAACGUCUCUGCCGUCGAGAAGUCGACCGGCCGUGCCAACAAGAUCACCAUCACCAACGACAAGGGCCGUCUCUCGAAGGAGGAUAUCGAGCGCAUGGUCUCUGAGGCCGAGAAGUACAAGGCUGAGGAUGAGGCUGCCACUUCCCGUAUCCAGGCCAAGAACGGUCUCGAGUCCUUCGCCUUCAACAUCAAGAACUCUAUCGCUGACGAGAAGGUUGGCGGCAAGCUCGACGCUGCUGACAAGAAGACCUUGACCGAUGCCUGUGAGGAGGUCAUCUCCUGGUUGGAUGCGAACCAGGAGGCCGAGAAGGAGGAGUUCGAUGCCAAGCAGAAGCACCUCGAGGAGAUCUCGAACCCCAUUAUGAUGAAGGUCUACGGUGGUGCUGGCGGUGCUCCCCCCAUGGGCGGUGCCGGCGCUGCCCCCGGUGGCUUCCCUGGCGAGGGUGCUUCCGAGCCCACCAUCGAGGAGGUCGAUUAAAUAUUCUCAACAAUAUUGUAUUCAAGUCCUCCCCUCUCCAAAAACCUGUAUUUUUUCCCCAUCAAGCUGUUCCCCUCUUUUCCACGUUUUUACAUAUAGUUUCAUAAUACAUUGCAUAUUACUUGUACAGAGGCAAUAAAAGAACUACAAUAGAUCCAUACCGGGAACACCAAUGAUG